CUCGAAUCGUCCCGUUCUCGGCUCUCGCGCUGCUGCCGUUGCGCUGUCCAGUACCGAGAGCGUUCAGCACCGCGAGCGGAGGACAGCUCCCGAGCCUCCGAGAAAAACCCCGCAGACCGCAGCAGAAGCGCUUCAGCCAGCCUCGUCUACAUCCACACCACCAACCGAGUGCCGUGGCCAUGUACGAUGGGGCGAGGGUUCCCUCCCCUGAGGAUGCCGCUAACGGAGUCCCGCUGCAGCCCGAGACCCCCGCAGCCACACGUCCCAAAGCUGACGAGCAGCCGGAGGAGAAAGAGGGAGUCCCGCCUGAGCCUGUCCUGGUGAAGAAGGCUCACCGUGAGAUUCUGGACCAUGCGAGGAAGAGGAGGGUGGAGCUGAAAUGCAUGGAGCUUCAGGAGAUGAUGGAGGAACAGGGAUAUUCCGAAGAAGAAAUCCGGCAGAAGGUUGGAACGUUUCGGCAGAUGCUGAUGGAGAAGGAGGGCGUGAUAACUCGAGAAGGCUUGCACCCACGUCCACCGGUUAGGCUGCUUCCUCACGGGGAUGGAGAUCACGUGGGAAAUGCUGCGUACGUCGAGGGCUAUGAGGAAGACUAUGAUUGGGAUGGAGAAUAUUACGAGCAAGAUUCAGCUGCCUACGAUGACUGCAGAUCCAAGAUGAAAUCCAGCAGUUCACCUUCUCCUCGGCCAAAAAAGAGGAAAAAGAAGAAGGCAAGAAGACACAGUCGAGCUGACAGCCCGUCUCCAACCCGCAGAGACAAGAGGAAGAAAAGCGGAAAGAAACACAAGAGAGACAGGUCCACAUCUGGCUCAAGGAGGAAGAGGAGACACAGAUCUGGGAGCCCCCAAAACAAACACAACGACAAGAACAAACAGAAGAAGAGGUGUUCAGUGGAGUCUCCCAGCAGGAGUUCUCAGCACAGAGGGCCAAUCACGUGGCAGAAUGGGAACCACAGCGUCCGUGUACGCAAUGGCAAAGAUUCAGGAGCCAAUCACACGGAGGGGAAUAAAGGGAACGAUGUAUGUAGUCUCCUCUACUUUACCUUCAUCUGUUCUCUGCCGUUUACACUACUAAUCCUUCAAACACUCUCUCUCUCUCACACACACACACACACACACACGCCAACUGAUUCAGUCGUAUCUGUGUGAGCUGACUCUAUAUCUAUUUUCCCUCUUUGGCUCCAUUUUGUGAGUUUUUCUGUUCUCAAGCCAUUUAUGUGUUUGUUGGGAAGGGUUUUUGUUUUGUCGAGACAGAUGUCCAUUAUUUUCUUUCAUUAUUUUUUUAAUAAUGUCAUGCUUUAUUUCACGCACAAGCCAUUUUUCUUACAGUGGAAACUAAAAUACAACCAAUUGUUGAGCAUGUGGGAUUUCAUGGAAGCACCAGCUCCAUCCCGAAGGCACAAACUUGCGAAUUGUCUUGCGACAAUUUUUUACAUAAAGCAUCUGUUGCUAAUAAUUCAAUAGUUUGUGUUGGAUAACAUCCCACGAAAGAGACUUUUGAUGCCUCAACCAGAUUAAUUAAAGAUAUUUUGGUAACACUUUUGCUUCAUUUG